GUUCAGAGCUCUUGUGUCACUGCUCAGAGGAAACACCGGGAUAAUUCAGCUGUCAUUUCACCGAAAACAUGGCCGAAAACAAGUCUUAUACCAUUGUAGAGUAUUUCGGAGGUGACAGUGGAUACCAAUGUGGCUACUGCAAAAAUUCUGUGGGGAACUUUUCACAUGGUAUGUGGUCGCACACAAUGACAGUGCAGGAUUAUCAAGACCUUAUAGACCGAGGAUGGAGAAGAAGUGGGAAAUAUGUCUACAAGCCUAUAUUGAACAAGACAUGCUGUCCACAAUAUACUAUUAGAUGUCAUGCACUUAAAUUCCAGCCUUCCAAAUCCCAUAAGAAAAUCCUUAAAAAGAUGAGCAAAUUUCUUUCAAAAGGAGACUUACCGAAAGGAGAAGGUGAAGAGGGGGAGUCAAUGGUGUGUGAUGUAGCAGGUCCACGGGAACCAAGUAUCUUAUGUCCGUCUGAAGCCAAGUGCCCAUCAAUAUCAGACGUCCAGAAUGAGGACUGUCCCACUGCAGCUCAGAGACAGGAGGAGCAGGACGUGCCCGCAGCACCCACAGAGGCAUCCCCGAAUGAUACGUCUGUGCCACCAACAACUUCUGCUCCUAAACCAGGAACGGGAGCGGAUCCCAACAAGCCGCCGUGUCGUAAGGCCAAAGACAUCCGGAACGAACGGCGACUUCAGAAGGAGCAGAAGAGGCAGAACUCAGACGGAAUUGCACCCACAACCAAGCCUCCCCCCUCGGGUCCCAGCCAAAGUAACCAUCCCAAAAGCCUGGAGGACUUCAUAGAGGAGUCCCUGUCCGACAGCACCGCUCAUGGCCUUGAGGUGAGGCUAGUGCGCUCCAAUCCCCCCAGCCCGCAGUUCAAAGCCUCUUUCGACGCCUCCUACCAGGUGUACAAACUCUACCAGAUGGCCAUUCACAAGGACCCUCCCGAAAAACCGUCCGAGAGCCAGUUCCGGAGAUUUCUAUGUGAUUCACCACUAGAGGCUGAAUAUUCGGACGAGGGGCCGGAGGUGGGCUAUGGCUCCUUCCAUCAGCAGUACUGGUUGGAUGGACGUAUCGUAGCAGUGGGUGUGAUAGACAUCCUGCCCUCCUGUGUAUCCUCUGUGUACUUGUACUACGACCCAGACUUCGCCUCACUGUCUCUGGGCUCCUACUCUGCUCUCAGGGAGAUUGCCUUCACCAGACAGCUGCAGAAACAGUCCCCGAAGCUCAGCUACUACUACCUGGGCUUCUACAUUCACUCCUGCCCCAAGAUGCGCUACAAGGGGCAGUACCGGCCUUCAGACCUCUUGUGCCCUGAGACCUUCACCUGGGUGUCCAUAGAGAGAUGUGUCCCUAAAAUGGACCAGAGCCGCUACUCGCGCUUCAACCAGGAUCCCGAUGCAGAAGACGCCUCUAAGCUGAAGGACGUGGGGCGAGCUUUGGUCCUGUACAAGCGCACCGCGAUGCCGUACGCCGUUUACAGUCACAAACGAAAAGGCUCCAGCGAUGAGGCGGAAGUGAAGCAGUACGCCUCUCUGGUGGGACAGGACUGUGCCCAACGCAUCCUCCUCUACAGAUCCUGAACAGCGCCCCCUACUGUCUGUCUGUGGUCUAUGUGUCUGUCUGUCACUCUGUGUUAAAGUGCUUUCCGCUUCUUCCUUAAAUACCGACUAGUUAUAUAAAUUACAUGAUAACUUCAAACCACGCAAUGCAGGAACCAUAUGACGCACAUUGACAAAUUUUAUGUCACAAACUUUUAUCAGAGGCUUUUCAAUAAAUUGGAAUAUUGUGGGAAAAAAGAAUAUAAUCAUGCAUCUGUCUUAUAGAAUUGUUAAUGAAUAUAAAUUGCUUUACGUUACAUUGCUCAAGACACUAAUUAUACACUCUCACACCACAUUCAUGGUAAAUAAAGUGGCUAUAGUGUCUUGCUGAAAAGCACAACGGCACUACGCACUGGUUGGAGCUGUGUUCAAACUACCAACAUUAAGUACCCAACAUUUGAAUGGUAAAUUGAGUGAAUUUGUAGUUGAAAUCUAGUAACUUUUCCACAAUAGGCUUUGUGCACAACACCGUCCGGCAACCUCACUGUUAGUAUCACUACUUCCUGUCCAAAUGUAUCUCUGAGUCACACGAAUAUUAAUAAAUAUUUAAAGAUAAGCUGCAGGUUACGACGGAGUAUAAGGGUCACUCAAAUAAAAAAAAUUACGUGGGCGCUACGAGAAUAAAGUCGAAGCAUUUCGACAUUAAAGUCGUAAUUUUACAAGAAUAAAGUCGAAGCCAGAAAAAGUCGUAAUAUUACGAGAAAAAAGUAAUAGUAUUAUGAGAAUAAAGUCAUAUUUUUAUGAGAGUAUAGGCUGCUGUGCGUGAAUGAGUGACCAGUGUCACUGGAGCAUUUUGUUCAGAUAUAGGAAUUUUUUCCAAAUCUGUUUGGUUCCUCUGACUAAACAAACUCAAAUGCUCAGUUGCUGUUGUGUCCCUUCAAAGUACUUGUACUGAUGACAGUGUGGUGAUGGUGGGCUAAAAGACACAGUAUUUCAUCAUGUGUAAACCCCAGUUCAAAAUUUAUCUGAACAAAAUGCUCCAAAUUCUCCAUAACGCAUAACGCAUUGGUCACUCAUUCACGCACAGCAGCCUAUACUCUCAGAAAAAUACGACUUUAUUCUCGUAAUAUUACGACUUUUUUCUCAUAAUAUUAUGACUUUUUUCUCGUAGCGCCCUCACAAUUUUUGUUAUUUAAGUGACCCUUAUACUCCGUCGUAGCAGGUAGAUGUCACUUACAACAAAUAAAAUGAAUGCUUCAACCCAGGAUACUUCUGUGUUUAGAAAGAGAGACACUUGUGUCUCAAUGCUAAUGCUAAUGCUAAUUCAUUUGAGUUUUAAUAGGUUGUUUAUUUUGUUUUCUGAUUUUGUGUCUCUUACCUUUGAGACACAGUGAGUUAGCUAACAUGCUACUGUGCACAGAGCCUAUAUUCAAGUUAUUUGAGACGCCACUGUGUAAUGCUGUUUUAUCUAAAUGUAUCUGAUUAUUUUAAUUAGUUCUUUACUCUCACUGUUUUUAAUUUUGUCACCAGCACCACCUUAUAAAGACUCUAAUGAUUUACACAACAAACCUUUCAGUAUUAAUUGUCUUAAAUUGAAUUGGACUUAGCUUAUUUCCUGCUCUUCUGAAUGUAUACAGUGGGACUUAUUGGCUGCAGUGAAGGGAAAACAUUACAUUUUUCUUUGAUAUAUUUAUAGCGUUCUUUGCUUUUCUUUAAAUAUUGACACUGUUAUUUUGGGUAAACCAAGUAAUAAAUAUAUUCCCUACACA